AUGGCAGCCGACACUACAGCUCAAAAGAAACGCAAAUGGGAUCUUGACGAUCAGGGGCAGAGCCAUACAGAGACAGCCAACAAAAUCACAAAGACAACCGAUGAGUUUUCCAGCAAGUCGUCAGCAGCAAACGAUAGCUCAUCCGACAAAGGUGGUGAUGAUCCUGGAAAGGCUGCUCUUGAUGCAGCUGCUGCCAAGAUCAACGCCAUUCUUGCGCAGAAAGGUAUCAAAGAAACGGUCAACGAGCAGCGUGAGAAGGGCGACGGCGAGUUUGUCAAGAAUAUCCCUAUCAACGAUCUCAAGAACCGUUACAUGUUGACACGAGGAGCUACUCAAGCACAAAUCCAACGUGAGACCAAUGCUGAUGUGACCACACGAGGCAAAUAUUAUCCCGAUAAGGCGUUGGCAACCGAUACAGAACCACCAUUGUAUUUGCAUAUUUCAGCUACUACCAAGGAAUCAUUGGAGAAGGCAGUUGUCAUGGUCGAGGAUAUGAUUCAAAACGCCACUCUUCCAGCACCUACACCGCAUCCUGCUGAACGACGUGAGCGAGAACGCCGAUUUUUCGAAGAGAAGAUUUAUGUGGGAUUGGAAAGUACGCCUCAUUUCAACCUAAGGGCAAAGAUUGUCGGACCACAGGGCUCUUUCGUCAAGCAUAUUCAAAGUGAAACGGGUACACGAGUGCAAUUGAAAGGCAAAGGAUCAGGAUUCUAUGAAACAAGCACUGGUUUGGAGGCUGAAGAACCUUUACAUGUUCACAUUACAUGCACACGAGAAGAAGGUCUGGAAAAGGCCGUUGAGCUUACGAGGGAUCUGAUCAAUACUGUGAAGGCUGAUUAUGAUCGGGCACAGAGACAACCUUAUGGAGGAUACUAUGGACAUCAUGGACGUGGUGGUUAUAAUAGGGAUUACUCACAAAAUUAUGGAUAUUACAACCAUCAGCAUCCACAGAGCUCACCACCACCAUCCACAGGAUCCGGAUCAGCAACCCCCAAUGCUGUAGACGCACGGCAAUCAGGUUCACCAGCACCAGCUGAAGGAGGUGAGGCCAAUGCAACAUCAGGAGCCAAUUCACAAGCGGCAUAUGCGGGUUAUGAUUACAGCCAAUACUACCAGUACUACGGGUAUCAAUAUGAUCCAAACUACUAUAAUUAUUACGGCUAUAGCAGUGGCUCUACAGAUUAUCAACAACAGCAAUCACCAUCUCAAGCAUCGCCACCACCGCCACAUCAUCAACAAUCAUCACCACCACCGCCACCACCACCUUCUGGCAAUGAUGAUCCUUAUCAGCAAUCAUACAAUGCCGUGCCACCACCACCGCCACCUCCUCCAUCAUCGCAAUAG